AAGCGGCCGGCGUUAAAGAUAAUUUAUUUAAUCACUGGAUCUCCCCGCUCUUCCUCUUUGAUCUUGAUAUCUUCCUGAUAGCACUCAUCCUCCUCUUCCUCUUCACCAAUUCCUCUCAGAAACACUCAUCAUCAUGACUGAAUACGACCCCAAGGACAUGGAGUUCCGCUUCCUCGGAAACACCGGUCUCCGCGUGUCCUGCCUCUCGUACGGUGGUUGGCUGACCGUCAGCGAGGACAGCGAGAAAGUCACCAAGGAGUGCUUCGAGAUUGCCUGGAGCCGUGGCGUCAACUUCUUCGACACUGCCGAGAUCUACUCUAACGGCGAGUGCGAGACCGUCUUCGGCAACGUCCUCAAGUCGCUUGGCUGGAAGCGAUCCGACUACGUGAUCUCGACCAAGCUCUACUUUGGAUUCGGCGAGAAGAGCCCCAACGGCCGCGGAUUGUCGCGCAAGCACUUGAUGGAGGGCUUGGACCAAUCACUCAAGCGUCUCCAGCUCGACUACGUCGACGUCAUCUUCGCGCACCGUCCCGAUCGCGAGGGCGUGCCAAUGGAGGAGGUCGUGCGUGCCUUCACGCAGAUGAUCAACGACGGCAAGGCCCUUUACUGGGGAACCUCGGAGUGGUCGGCGUUCGAGAUCGAGCAUGCGCACCACAUCGCGACCAAGUUUGGCUUGAUUGCGCCUAUCGCCGAGCAGCCCCAGUACUCGGCCUUCCACCGAAACCGCUUCGAGGCCGAGUACAAGCCUCUCUACGACCUCUACAAGUACGGAACUACCAUCUGGAGUCCUCUGGCUGGUGGUGUUCUCACCGGAAAGUACAACGACGGCUUCGCUCCCGGUACCAGACUCGGCGACCAGAGCAGCCCUGUCGUUCAGCGUAUCCGCAAGCAGUGGGAGACCCCCGAGGGCCAGGCAAAGAUCGCCAAGGUGCGCGAGCUCACCAAGAUCGCUGACCGUGUCGGCUGCACCACCGCUCAGCUCAUGCUUGCUUUCCUUUUGAAGAACAAGAACGUGUCUACUAUUCUCACUGGAUCGUCGAGAGCCGAGCAGGUCGUCGAGAACUUGGACGCUUUGAAGGUGUACCGCAAGCUCACCGACGCCGACGUCGACGAGAUCGAGGCUAUCCUCGACAACAAGCCCGACUACGCUGCUCUGUACUAAACAGCACGACCGUCGCAAAAAAACUUGGUGAUUUGUUAGCGAUAUCGUACAAGUAGCUAUGAAUACAAUCCCUCUAUUUUGCCAAAU